AAUGUUAAUGACGAGUUGACUCAUGGGUUGUUGUCAAUCGUCAUUCUUGAAACCGUCGUCAUUGCAUGACAAGAAAAUCACCUCCGACGAUAUUUCCGGCCGCCGUGGAAAAGGAGCCAAACGCGGUAAUCGCCACCGUCAUCCUAACGUUAAUGAAGGCAGGGGAUGGCUUUUUUCCGACGUGCCAGACUUCUCCGAGUUCUCGGCAUCGGUUCUUCGUGACGCUACAAAUAAUUUCAACAAAAACGCUGUCGUUUCAGUUUGUUCUGAUCAAGAACCAAACGUUGUUUAUCAAGGCUGCAUUAGGAGCGACAAAGAUAAACGUCUUAUCGCCGUUAAAAAAUUCUCCAAAACAACAUGGCCUGAUCCUAAACAAUUCGCUGCAGAAGCUCGGGCUAUCGGAAAUUUGAGGCACGUAAGACUGGUGAAUUUGAUAGGUUAUUGUUGUGAUGGAGAUGAAAGGUUGCUUGUAUCGGAGUACAUGCCUAAUCAAAGCCUAACCAAACAUCUAUUUCAUUGGGAGAAACAAACCAUGGAGUGGGCUAUGCGAUUGAGAGUUGCACUUUAUGUAGCUGAAGCUUUAGAAUAUUGUAGACAGAGUGGACUCAAAUUGUACCAUGAUCUCAAUACUUGUCGGGUUCUCUUUGAUGAGAAUGGAAGUCCUCGGCUUUCAUGUUUUGGAUGGAUGAAAAAUAGCAAAGAUGGCAAAAACUUCAGCACAAAUCUUGCUUAUACACCGCCCGAAUAUCUUAGAAGUGGUACAUUAAUUCCAGAGAGUGUUGUCUUCAGCUUUGGGACGUUUCUUUUGGAUCUUCUUAGUGGGAAACACAUUCCUCCAAGUCAUGCGGUUGAUACAAUUCAAAAGCAAAACUUAAUUGUCUUGAUGGAUUCACAUUUAGAAGGAAACUAUCCUGAGGAAGACGCAGCCAUGGUGUUUGAUUUGGCUUCCAAAUGCCUUCACAAGAACCCUAAUGAACGGCCAGAAAUUAGAGAUAUUAUCUCAGUUAUCGCUACACUUCAACAAAAACUAGAUGUUCCGUCCUAUACUAUGCUUGGCAUUUCAAAACUUGAAAAGCUUGAAAUGGAACACCCGAAAUCUUUAAUUUACGAUGCAUGUCACCAAAUGGACCUUGAAGCUCUUCAUCAGAUUCUUGAAGCAAUGGAGUACAAAGAAGAUGAAGUUACUUGCGAGCUCUCUUUCCAGCAAUGGGCUCAACAGAUAAAAGAUGUGUGCAACACAAGACAACAAGGCGAUUCGGCUUUUCGGAACAAAAAUUUCGAAUCUGCUAUCGAAAAAUAUACUCAGUUUAUAGAAACAGGAAUCAUGAUCUCUCCUACUGUUUAUGCACGAAGAAGCAUGUGCUAUCUCUUCUGCGACCAACCAGAUGCAGCACUUCGAGACGCGAUGCAAGCACAAUGUGUUUACGCCGACUGGCCAACUGCAUUUUACCUUCAGGCUGUGGCUCUUUCAAAGCUGAAUAUGGUCGAAGAUUCAGCUAACAUGCUAAAAGAAGCCUUGAUCUUGGAAGAUAAGAGAGGCUCAUAAAGUAGACACAUUGCAUUAUACUACAAAGCAUAUUUGGAUUAACUAAAAACAAUGAUCUGUGUAUAGUGAAUCGAGGAUGUAUAUGAACACAAAUAUUCAUUAGAAAAUGUCUUGACCGAUGAUUUGAAUUGGGGAUAAAACAAAGUGCCAUUAGUGUGUUAUUUUACAGAUCAGUAAUAAAAUUAAAAUUUGACA